AUGAGUCAGGUCGCUGUUGCAGAUGUAUAUAUUGAUGAUUCAACUUCUUUUGAUUCUUUCAACCUAGAUCCAAGAAUAAACCAAGCUAUAAAACAACUUGGUUUUAAAAACCCAACUCUAGUUCAAUCAAAAGCUAUCCCAUUAGCUUUACAAGAGAAAAGAGAUAUCAUCGCAAAAGCAUCCACUGGGUCUGGUAAAACCGUUGCUUACGCUGUUCCUGUUGUUCAGUCAAUUUUGGCUGCUAAGGCUAACACAAACUCUAAUGAUCAUCAAAUAUCUUCAAUAAUUUUAGUUCCAACAAAAGAAUUAGCUACUCAAGUUACAAGUUUCUUGGAAAAAUUGAUCCUGUAUUGUGGGAAAACUAUCAAGCUAUUAAAUCUUUCAAAUCAAAUCAAUGAACAAGUCCAACAUUCUUUAUUAUUAGAAAAUCCAGAAAUUUUAAUCUCUACACCAUCUAGAUUAAUAACCGCUAUUGAAAAAAACAACAAUAGUGAAAAUAUAAACUUACAAAACUUAACAUAUUUAGUCAUUGAUGAAGUUGAUUUGAUUGUUUCAUAUGGUUAUACUGAAGAUUUAGAAAAAUUGGCAAAUUAUCUACCAUUAAAGAAAACUUUACAAACUUUUUUAAUGAGUGCAACAUUAAAUGAAGAUAUCAAUGAUUUGAAAAAUAAAUUUUGUCGUUCUCCAGCCAUUUUAAAAUUAAAUGAUGAUGAACUUGCAAAUAAUAAAAAAUUGAUUCAAUAUUAUAUUAGAACUACUGAAUUUGAUAAAUUUUUAUUAACUUAUGUUAUUUUCAAAUUGAAUUUGAUUAAAGGUAAAACUUUAAUCUUUGUUAAUAACAUUGAUAGAGGUUAUAGAUUGAAAUUGUUCUUGGAACAAUUUGGUAUAAGAAGUUGUAUUUUGAAUAGUGAAUUACCAAUAAAUUCAAGAUUACAUAUUGUGGAUGAAUAUAACAAGAAUGUUUAUAAUUUAUUAAUUGCUACAGAUGAUAGUGAUAAUAUUAAAGAAGUUGAUGAAGAACUUGAAGAUGAAGAACUUGAAGAAACUGAAACCAAAACUGAAUCAUCAAAGAAAACUAAAACUGAUAAAGUUAAAAAAGAUAAAGAAUAUGGUGUAUCAAGAGGUGUUGAUUUUAAAAACGUUGCAUGUGUUUUAAACUUUGAUUUACCAUUAACAGCCAAAUCAUAUGUUCAUAGAAUUGGUAGAACUGCUCGUGCUGGUAAAUCAGGUAUGUCAUUAUCAUUUGUGAUACCUGAAAAGGAAUUUGGUAAACAUAAAGCAUCAUCAUUAAUCACUGCUAAAAGAGAUGAAAAAAUAUUACGUCGUAUCAUUAAACAACAAGGGAAAUUAGGAUUUGAAUUACAACCUUAUCAAUUCGAUAUGAAACAAGUUGAAGGUUUUAGAUAUAGAUCAGAAGAUGGUUUCAGAUCAGUUACACAAGUUGCAGUUAGAGAAGCAAGAGUUAAAGAAUUAAAACAAGAAUUAUUAACUAAUGAAAAAUUGAAAAGACAUUUUGAAGAAAAUCCACAAGAUUUGGCAAGUUUAAGACAUGAUAAAGAAUUACAUCCUGCUAGAGUGCAAAGUCAUUUGAAAAGGGUCCCUGAAUAUUUAUUACCUCAAGGUGCUAGAGCUAAUAACUCGAAAGUUGGGUUUGUGCCGUUCCAUAAACAUAAAGUUAAUAAAAAGAAGUUUGGCAAGAAGAAAGGUGGUAAAUCUGAUCCAUUGAAAACAUUCAAAGCAAAGAAAUGA